UUUUAAAAGUCCAGUUUAAUUCCCUCCAAUUUAAAAUGCCCUCCAACUUCUCAUUCCGCAAAUUCUCUCUCUAACAAAACAAUGGCAACCAAGGAUCUCACAGUGGACGAACUCCGCGACGAACUGGCCAAGCGCGGCCUUAGCACUGCUGGAGUAAAAUCUACGCUGGCUCUGAGACUCGAAGCUGUAAUUAGAGACGAGAGAGAUAAACCGGAGGACGCAAAAAGUCGGAAAAGGCAGAGGGAUAUUGAAGCCAAUGAUGCUAAUUCGGAAGCGCCGGGGAAGCGGAAGGCCAUUGAUGAGUUGCGUAGUAUGACUGUCAAGCAGCUUCGCGAAGAGGCCUCGAAUCGAGGAGUUUCAGCUGCUGGAACUAAGCAAGUGCUGCUCGAGAGGCUUUCUGCCGCUGACGACAAAAAUGCAAGUGAUGAUUCUCAAGUGGAUGAGGAAAGCGAGGAAGAGAAUGUGGACUCCAGUGCACCACAUAAGGGCAAGGACAUUGAUGAGCUACGUAGCAUGACUGUAAAGCAACUUCGAGAAGUGGCCUCAACUCGAGGAAUUUCUGCUGCUGGAACUAAGCAAGAGCUGCUGGAGAGGCUUUCUGCCUCUGAUGACAAGAAUGCAAGUGACAAUGAUCAGAUGGAGGAGGACAAUGGGGAGGAAAAUGUGGACUCCAGUGCACCACAGAAAGUGAAGGUCAUUGAUGACCUGCAUGGCAUGACUGUGAAGCAGCUACGUGAAGAGGCCUCAGCUCGAGGAAUUUCGGCUGCUGGAACUAAGCACAAGUUGCUGGAGAGGCUUUCUGCUGCCGACAGCAAGAAUCCAAGUGUGGAUGAGGAAAACAAGGUGGAGAAUGUGGACUCAAAUGGACCACAAGAUGUCAACGUCAUUGAUGAGCUGCAAAAAAUGAAUAUAAAACAGCUUCGAGAGGAGGCUGCCAAAAGAGGAAUUUCUGCUAGUGGCACGAAGAAAGAGCUUCUAGACAGGCUUUGCACUCACAAUGACAAUGUGGCACGUGACGAUGAUCUAGUGAAAGAGGAAGCCAAGGAGGAGAAAAUUGUCACAACUGUGAAGAAAGGUUCUGCUGUUAUGGACAAUUGCUUGCCCGACAAUAUUAAGGCUCAAUAUCAUGUCCUUCAAGUAGGUGAUGAAAUUUACGAUGCCAUGUUGAAUCAGACAAAUCUUGGGCAGAAUAAUAAUAAAUUCUUUGUCAUCCAAGUUCUAGAAUCUGACGACAGUGGCAGAUUCAUGGUAUAUUUCAGAUGGGGAAGAGUAGGUGUGAAAGGUCAAACCAAUUUGAAUGGGCCCUACACCUCACAGCAAUCCGCUAUCGCUGAGUUUGAGAAAAAGUUCUAUGACAAAACACGUAAUUGUUGGUGUGAUAGGAUAAAUUUUGUUAGUCAUCCACGCAGCUAUACUUGGUUGGAAAUGGACUACAGUGAGUCAAGAAAUGAACCACCAGCUCAAACAGAAAAAGCACCUAUAAGGACGCUGAGGCCUGAAGAAUCAAAGGUGGAACCUCGAAUUGCCAAGUUUAUCUCACUUAUUUGCAAUAUGAGCAUGAUGCAGCAACAAAUGAUGGAGAUAGGUUACAAUGCUGAAAAACUGCCAUUGGGAAAAUUGAGCGAGGCGACCGUUUCAAAGGGUUAUGGUGUUCUGAAAAGGAUUGCUGAUGUGAUUGGUCAGGCUGAUAGAAAGACACUUGAGCAAUUGAGCGGGGAAUUCUAUACUGUAAUUCCUCAUGACUUUGGUUUCAAAAAAACAAGUCUGUUCAUCAUUGAUACCCCUCAAAAGCUAAAGAAGAAAUUACAAAUGGUUGAAGCACUUGGUGAAAUUGAGGUUGCAAUGAAGUUAAUUGAGGAUGGUACUGAUAUGGAGGAUCCUCUGUAUUCUCAGUAUAAGCGGCUCCAUUGUGAACUCAUGCCCCUUGAAGUUCACUCCAAGGAGCAUUCCAUGAUUGAGAGAUACACAAAGAACACUCAUGCAAAGACACAUUCAAGCUAUGAUGUCAAUAUCAUUCAAAUAUUUAAGGUGUCAAGAGAGGGCGAAUCCAAACAAUUUGAAAAGUUUACAUCGACAAAAAACAGAAUGCUUCUGUGGCAUGGAUCACGUCUCACAAACUGGAUGGGGAUUUUGUCCCAAGGUUUGCGCAUUGCUCCACCAGAAGCGCCGUCCACUGGUUACAUGUUUGGAAAAGGCGUCUACUUUGCAGACAUGUUCUCAAAAAGUGCUAAUUACUGCUGUUCAAGUAAAGCUGCUUCUACUGGCGUGCUGCUUCUAUGCGAGGUUGCAUUAGGCGACAUGGCUGAGCUGCAAACGGCUAACUAUAAUGCUGACCAGUUGCCACCUGGAAAACUUAGCACAAAAGGAGUUGGUUCGACUGCCCCAGAUAUUUCAGAGGCACGGACACUUGAAGAUGGUGUUAUCGUUCCUAUGGGAAAACCAAAAGUGCAAUCGGGCCCCAAGGGCAGUUUGCUGUAUAAUGAAUAUAUAGUAUACAAUGUGGAGCAAAUUAGGAUGCGUUAUCUUGUGCAGGUGAACUUCAACUUCAAGUGAUAGUUUUUUUGGCGACUAGUGAAAUUGGUAGUUUUUGCUACUGUAUUUUGUAUUUGAAAUUAGCAGAUUGUUGUAUAAUUAGUUCAUUUUCUAGUAAAUACUACUAGUAGUUGUAUUUUAGUGUGGUUAUGUAACGCUUAAUUCCCAGCUCAAAGUUAAAUUUUGAGAAUUCAUGUUAAAA